CAUUUCUUGAGUUUCUUUUUUAUCAGUCAAGUGCAGUCGCGUGCGCGGAACAGUUCUACUUUUACAAAAAUUAUUAGUCCGACACCCGUGUUUUUUUUUUUUUUUUUUUUAUUUCAACAUAUAUAUAUUUAAAGAUUUACUUCACGAUAGAAAAUUUCAUUCGUCAAGUUCAUUAAUAACCGUUUAAAAAGUCUUUGUCACGCUUUUUUAUAAACACAAAUUUAUAAAUUGUGGUUCGUUAUAGAAAAAUAAAAAAAAAAAGUGAUCUGUUUUAAUUGACGGAAACAAAAAACUAUUCCGCGAUUCGAUCCAAAGAGAUUUCUAUAUCUUCGCUUUCUUCUUCUUCGUUUUUAUCAAUUUCAAUAAUCGGAAUUUACCGGCAAAGCAUCGACACGCUGGCGCAAAUUCAUCAAAAUGUGUCUUCGCCUUCUUACAGAUUAAGGCUGACGGAAUUGGGAAGAUCGGAACAUAAACUACCACAGAUCGAUCCUGCAAGAAUUUUUCUGCAGAGGUCGUAUCAUCGAACCUUCCCUCUGCAGAAAAUAAGACAUAGUCGUUUCUCUCGACUUGGAGAACGAUCCUACAUUACUUAGCGUGACAAAAUUGGAAUAAGGUGGUCAAAUUAAAGUGAAAGAAGCAAAUGAAAUAAUUGCGGAAGCACACGAGAUCAAAAAUCUAUUCCCUAUAGAAAUGACGUCUGAAAAAGAAAAUUCUAACACAACAUUCACAGGACUCAACACUGAAGGAAAUAUGAAGAUAAACAUUACGAAUGAUAAUAUAAGAGCAGAUAAUGCCAUUGUUCAGAAGGUCGCGGCUGGUUUAAAAAUUCAAAAAACAGCAAACGAAUUAGACGAAAAAUGUGCCGCAAGUCCAGGAGGUGGUUCAUUAUCCAGUGGAUGUUCAAUAGUGACAAUUGCUUCCGUGUCAAACUCUGAACCAGAUCCUGAUUAUCCAAAUGGUCCAGAUGGAAAUCCCGAGAAAAAGCAUAGUAGUUUAAAUGAAAAAUGGUACGAAACUACUUUACAAGUUUCUGUUCCUUUUUUUAUUGCUGGAAUUGGAACUAUUGGUGCUGGACUUGUUCUAGCCGAAGUUCAAAAUUGGCCAGUAUUUAAAACAAUUUCACAAUUAUUCAUUUUGGUUCCUGCCCUAUUGGGUUUAAAAGGAAAUUUAGAUAUGUGCCUUGCCUCUCGUCUUUGUACGCAGGCAAAUUUAGGCAAUAUGAAUUCCUACAGAGAAAUAGCAAAAAUGAUUAUUGGAAAUUUAGCUUUAGUUCAAAUUCAAUCAAUAGUUGCUUCAACAUUAGUGGCCCUUUUUGCAAUUACUGUAUCAGCUGCGAUGGAUGGUAAAUAUUCAUGGGACCAUUCACUUCUAAUGAUCGCUUCUAGUGUUUGCACAGCCACAAGUUCCUGCUUCAUUUUAGAUUUUGUCAUGAUUGCCGUCAUUAUGUUAUCACAUCGAUGUAAAAUGAAUCCUGACAAUUUAGCAACUCCUUUGGCAGCAUCGAUUGGUGAUGUUGUUUCCAUAAGUGUUUUAUCUGCCAUUGCAUCAUCAUUUUUCAUUAAACUUGAAUCGGAAAUUUGGAUUUUAUAUCUAAUUAUUGUUAUCUAUUUGGUACUUUUGCCAUUUUGGAUUUACAUUGUUUUACACAAUAAAUACACGAGGAAUGUAUUAACUUCUGGAUGGGUUCCAGUAAUAUCUGCUCUGUUUAUCAGUGGACUCGGUGGACUUGUUCUUGACCAAGCGGUAGAUGUUCUCAAUGGAUUCGUAAUAUUCCAGCCGAUUAUCAAUGGAAUUGGUGGAAAUUUAGUUUCAGUUCAAGCCUCAAGAAUCUCAACAAUGCUACAUCAGACAUCCCUAAUGGGCAUCAUUCCUCCACACACAAAAUUAUGUGUUUCUCCAUGGAAGGCUCUUAUUAAAGGAGUGCCAUCAGCAAAAUCUGCACGAAUUCUCAUUUCCAUGUCGAUCCCCGGUCAUUUGGUAUUUAUCUUCGCCGCUGAUUAUUUCAAACAUGGACACUCUACAAUUCACUUUUCUUUUGCUCUAUCUUAUCUUCUGGUUGCUUGUCUGCAGGUGAUGCUUUUGCUUUACGUUGCACACAUAAUAGUUCACGCAAUGUGGAGGUUUAAAAUUGAUCCAGAUAAUUCGGCGAUACCAUAUUUGACAGCUUUGGGCGAUCUUUCUGGCUCAAUUUUCUUGGGAGUAGCAAUGUACUUCCUCAUGUCUAUUGGUAGACAAUACGGGGGAUGAAAAUAAAAGACAAGAAAAAAAUUUCUCAAAAAAAGAAAUGUUUUUCUUUUAAAACUAUAAAAUAUAAACUGAGUUUUAUAUUUUAUUCAAAGUAGAUUGUCACUGUGACAAAAAAAAAAAAAUGUUUCUGUCGUGAGAUUUCUCAAAAUAUUCUCCAAAAUAAUAUUUUUCUCCGUUAUGUGCCAAAAAGCUAGUCCAGUUCAUUUUAAAUCACAAAUUAAUUGAAUAAUAAAAGAGAAACUCAUUGAUAAUCUGUUAUUUAAAAAAAAAAUAGAUUCACGAAACUAAUAAAUUUGCAAAAUUAGAUAGUGAAAUUAUACAAUCAAUAAAUUUAUAAAAAUAAUUUAUAAAAAUAAAUUUAUAAAAGUAAAUUUAGAAAAUAAUUUAGAAAAGAAAAAUAAUGAAUUUAUAAAAAUGAGUGAUUGGUGAAACAAUUGAAUUUAUUAAAAUACAAAAAAAGAAUGAUGAUUAAUCCGAGAUACUUUUCUUCAAUUUUUUAAAAAGAAUUUUUUUAUAAUGAAAAAAUAACGAGUCUCGAGGUCUUAAACGCUAUAUAAGAAUGAGAUAGUGAAUUUACUGUUGUUCUGAAUAUGUAUUUGUUUACUGAAAAACAGGCGACAGCUUUCUUUGUCUUUAGUUAUGUAAAUUUGAUCUGCAUAUUCUUUAUUAUAAUAUAAGUGAAAAAUGUAAAAAACAAGUCUCUCGGAGAGAGAUUUAAUUAACAGUUGCCUGUCAUUGUCUACUUUUCACUUUUAAUCUUUACGCUGUUUAUUUUAAAACAUGCUUAAUCAGUUUAACAGCGCCUAUAAAUGACAUGGACUUUAUAAUAAAUUUAAAGAAUUUCAAUGAACUAGUUACAAAAAUAAUUAUGUUGUUUACUUCCGUGCAGAUGUUCUUAUUUAUACAUAAAAAUUAAAUUCAUAAUAAAUAAAUAUAUUAUAAAUUAUCCAAUUUAAAAAAGGUUUAUAAAUUUUUAAAAUUGAAAUUCUAAAAUGUCAAAUUAAAUACGGAAAAAAAUUUGUUUAUUAAUAUUUAAUUUGAAGAAAUAUUCAAUUUUAUACAAAAAAUAAGAACUGCAAAAUAAUUUAUACAUAAAAGUCAGUAUUAUUCAAACUUGAUUAAAUUCUUUUGAAAAAUGUUUCAAUAUUUUCCAUCAGAAAUUAAUGUAAUGCAUAAAAUUAAUAAUGUAAGAGGAAAAGUUAGCUCAAAAUAUAUUUUCUAUAAAAUUCA